AUGGUCGACCAAGAACAACCGAUGGUCUCUCACGGCCGUGGAGGCCAAGGAAACAUCGGCAAAGACACCACAGAGUACGUUGACGGCGAGAUCGUCCGCGAAGGCAUCUACGGUGAUCAGGGCGAUGGUGCAUACUCGGCGGGUCGUGGCGGCGUCGGUAAUAUCGGCUCUCCUCGCGUGCGACCGAGUUCCAAAGUCCCCCACGACGCAGAGAUGAUUCCUGAAUUGGCCGUGCGCGAUUCAAUCGAUGAGAAUUAUCACACUGGUCGUGGCGGCCAAGGAAACGUCCACCUGGACAACGAAACUCGCAAAGAGAAAGAAGCCAAGAAGAAGGGUGUCGCGCACGAGGGACUGGCCGAUAAAUUGAAGCACAAGCUGAUGGGUCGGAAGUGA